GGGAGUCGCGGCUGCUAGGCGUGCACCUGAGAGCCGACGCCCCUGGUCCUCCAAGCUGCGCCCGCCGCCGUCCCCGCCGCCAUGAACCGCUUCAAGGUGUCCAAAUUCCGGCACACGGAGGCCCGGCCGUCCCGCCGCGAGGCCUGGAUCAAUGACGUUCGAGCAGGAGCCACCUCCUCAUGUGGGAACCAUAUCAAAUCAAGCUGCAGCUUGAUUGCUUUCAACUCUGACCGUCCAGGUGUGCUGGGCAUUGUGCCUCUAGAAGGCCAAGGAGACGACAAGAGACACGUGGCUUAUCUGGGCUGCCAUUCAGACCUGGUCACCGACUUGGACUUCUCUCCCUUUGAUGACUUCCUCCUGGCCACGGGCUCAGCCGACAGGAUGGUGAAAUUCUGGCGACUGCCGGCCCCUGGCCAGGCCCUGCCCUCAGUGCCCGGGCUGGUACUGGGCCCCGAGGAGCUCCCAGUGGAAGUGCUGCAGUUCCACCCAAGUGUGGACAGCGUGCUGCUGAGCACAGCAGGCACGGCCGUGCGGGUCUGGGAUGCAGCCAAGCAGCAGCGCCUGACAGAGCUGGUGGACCACGGGGACCUGGUGCAGAGCGCUGUCUGGAGCCGGGAUGGAGCCCUUGUGGGCACAGUGUGCAAGGACAAGCAGCUGCGGAUCUUUGAUCCCAGAGCAAAGCCCCAGGCCUCUCAGAGCACACAGGCCCACGAGAACAGCAGGGACAGCCGGCUGGUGUGGACCAGCACCCAGGAGCACCUCGUGUCCACCGGAUUCAACCAGAUGCGUGAGCGUGAAGUGAAGCUCUGGGACACCCGGCUCUUCUCCAGUGCCCUGGCCUCCCUCACCCUGGACACCUCACCCGGGCCUCUGAUGCCCCUGCUGGACCCAGACUCCGGGCUCCUGGUCCUGGCAGGAAAGGGUGAGAGCCAGCUGUGCUGCUAUGAGGUGGCCCCACAGCAGCCAGCACUGAACCCAGUGACCCAGUGUGUCCUGGAGAGCAUACUGCGGGGGGUGGCCCUCGUGCCCCGGCGGGCAUUGGCCAUCCUGGGCUGUGAGGUGCUCCGUGUCCUGCAGCUGAGCGACACAGCCAUCGUACCUGUCAGCUACCACGUGCCCCGCAAGGCUGUGGAGUUCCAUGAGGACUUGUUCCCAGACACUGCCGGCUGUGUACCCGCCUGCGACCCCAAUAACUGGUGGGCUGGAAGCAGCCAGCAGGUGAAGAAGGUCAGCCUCAACCCAGCACACCGGCCCCACCCCAGCUUCACCUCCUGCUUGGUGCCCCCCACGGAGCCCGCCGCUGACACAGCCCUGCCUACAGAUGCGGAGCCAAGCGAGGGCUUCUCCUCCCCUCCCAGCUCCUUGCCGACCUCGCCUUCCACGCCCUCCAGCCUGGGGCCCUCGCUCUCCAGCACCAGUGGCAUCGGGACCAGCCCCAGCCAGAGGUCACUGCAGAGCCUACUGGGCCCCAGUUCCAAGUUCCGCCAUGCUCAGGGCACCAUCCUGCACCGAGACAGCCACAUCACCAACCUCAAGGGACUCAACCUCACCACGCCCGGCGAGAGCAAUGGCUUCUGCGCCAACCGGCUGCGUGUGGCUGUGCCCCUGCUCAGCAGUGGUGGGCAGGUGGCCGUGCUUGAGCUGCGGAAGCCUGGCCGCCUGCCUGACACAGCACUGCCCACGCUGCAGAAUGGGGCACCCGUGACCGAUCUGGCCUGGGACCCCUUUGACCCACACCAUCUCGCUGUGGCCGGGGAGGAUGGCAGGAUCCGGCUAUGGCGGGUGCCGCCAGAGGGCCUGGAGGAGGUGCUCACCACGCCGGAGGCUGUGCUCACAGGCCACACAGAGAAGAUCUACUCCCUGCGCUUCCACCCAUUGGCAGCCGAUGUGCUGGCCUCUUCUUCCUACGACCUCACCGUUCGCAUCUGGGACCUUCAGGCCAAAGCCGAGCGGCUGAGGCUGCAGGGCCACCAGGACCAGGUAGGACAAUGGCAGGGGCCCGGCUAUGAGGCAAGAGGCCACCUCUCAUAUCCCACCUGUCCCCAGAUCUUUGGCCUGGCCUGGAGUCCCGACGGGCAGCAGCUGGCCACUGUCUGCAAGGAUGGGUGUGUGCGGGUCUACGAGCCCCGCAGUGGCCCUGAACCCCUGAAGGAAGGCCCAGGGCCUGAGGGGGGCCGCGGUGCCCGCAUUGUCUGGGUAUGCAAUGGUUGCUGUCUGCUAGUGUCUGGCUUUGACAGCCGAAGUGAGCGCCAGCUGCUCCUGUACGCAGCUGAAGCGCUGGCAGGUGGCCCCUUGGCAGUGCUGGGCCUUGAUGUGGCUCCCUCGACCCUGCUGCCCAGCUACGACCCAGACACUGGCCUGGUGCUCCUCACGGGCAAGGGUGACACGCGCGUGUUUCUGUACGAGCUGCUCCCCGAGGCCCCAUUCUUCCUAGAGUGCAACAGCUUCUCCUCGCCUGACCCCCACAAGGGCUUCGUCCUCCUGCCCAAGACAGAGUGUGACGUGAGGGAAGUGGAGUUUGCGCGAUGUCUGCGGCUGCGCCAGACCUCCCUGGAGCCUGCCUCCUUCAGGCUGCCUCGAGUCAAGAAAGAGUUCUUCCAGGAUGACGUGUUCCCAGACACAGCCGUGAGCUGGGAGCCUGUGCUCAGUGCCAAGGCCUGGCUGGGAGGUGCCAACGGGCAGCCCCGGCUCCUCAGCUUGCAGCCCCUUGGCAUGAUCCCAGUGAGCCAAGCCCCCCGUGAGGCACCUGCUCGGCGGGCCCCAUCCUCAGCACAGUACCUGGAAGAGAAGUCAGACGAGCAAAAGAAGGAGGAGCUGCUGAAUGCCAUGGUAGCAAAGCUGGGGAACCGGGAGGACCCGCUUCCCCAGGACUCCUUCGAAGGCGUGGACGAGGACGAGUGGGACUAGCUUGCCCACCAGGCACUGGGCCUCACCUACUGCUGCCACCUCCUAGAACCACCUGUGCCCCUGCACACCUCACAUCUCAUUCUCAGACUGGAAGACACCAUCCUGGCACUCCUCACCCCAGGAGCCCUGGCUUCCCAUGGGCCCUGGGCACUUCCACGGCCUCUGGGCCCACUGCAGCUCCUGUGGGUUGUCCACACCCCUGCUUUCUCUGGGACCAGCUGCUUCUCCAGCUGCCUGCUUGCAUGAAGAGCCAAGGGGGUGGGGGUGGGGUCAAUAGCACGUCCCUGGGCAAUCCCAGGGCUCCCUGUCUCUCCUUUCUCUGCUGACCUGGGCUGGCUUUGCCUAGCACCUUCAGUUACUACAUGCCACCCCAUCCUGCCUUGCCUGCUACCCCAGUUCCAGUCAAGAGCCUUGGGGGCCAGCCCGCCCACCAGGCCAUUUGGAGCAGCACUAGACUCAGGGGCCUGGGACUAGUUGCCCUCCUACCCAGGUUUGAAGCCAGGAGAAGGGGCAUCACAGAACUGAUGGCCCUUAAGGGGGGUGUGAGCCCCACAGGGACUGGCUUGCACAUGCCCAGGGUGUUCUCAGCAA